UUACGGAAACUAGCUCAAGGUUGAACGGUUGGUUAGUGCACAUCGCAUCACACUCACCAUAAUUGUUCUCCUCAAAAACCAUUGGAAUCGAAUUGCCAGGUACAUGCUUUGUAUAUAAUGUCACACUACUUUCGUGGGACAGCAUCAGUUCCCGUACACUUCUUGUCACCAGAAAUGUCUCCGGCGUCGAAAUUGGCCUUAUUCGUUCUGACAGCGUCGAUGGUGGUUGAAGGCAUUAAUUGCGGUCUGCUAGACAUGUUCAACACUAACUCGGAUUAUCAUUUGGCUGCAUCGAUGGAUGCUGUGUUUGGAGCACUGCGAAAUGACAUCAGUAACUUCUUGGAAGGGAGCACGGAGGCCUCAGUGGAGAAGGAUGUCACGUUCUGGUGCGGAAAUAGAAACUCAUCGCAGUUCAUGCAGACAUUUUUCAAUGAUACGGAUUUGGAUUCGAAAAUAGACUUCACCAAACCGCUGACGUUUAUCAUUCACGGCUGGUUGGACAACGCAACUCGGAUAUGGGUUAAAACAAUGGCUCGUGAUGUCAUAAAAUAUGGCGAUACUAAUGUGUGUAGCGUGAAUUGGUCACGACUUGCGAGGUACAACUAUUAUCAGGUAGCCAUGAAUCACACUCUGAUCGUGUCCGAGUAUAUGACAAAGUUUGUUGAAUAUUUGACGCUUAGUGGUCUAGCCCUGGAAAACGUCACCUUUGUUGGCCAUAGCAUGGGGGCGCAGAUUAGUGGUCAAGUGGGGAAAAAUUUCAAUGGAAAGAUUGGUAAAAUCUACGGUUUAGAUCCAGCAGGACCGUGUUUCACCUUCCCCAGAGAUCGAGGACUGCAGUUCCGGUUGGACAGCAGUGAUGCCAGGUUCGUUCAGAUGAUUCUAACUUCGAGAUUCACGAUCGGUGUCGGAGUUGGCGAAGGUCAUGAGAAUUUUUACCCAAAUGGCGGCUAUUCACCGCAAACGAACUGUGCUAUUCCGGUGACGAGCGAUGCCGAGUUUGCCGAUCAGAUUAUGUGUAGCCACCUGCAUGCGACAACCUUGUUUCGGUUAUCCUUGAAUCCAGCGAUCGUGUAUCGAGCUCGACGCUGUGUCAAUUGGCCUGUCUAUCUGCUAACUCUAUGUAAAUCGAACGAGGCUAGUGUGAUCGGAGUGCACAGUAAACAAAAAACAGGUCAUUUCUAUUUAAGAACUUCGGCAUUUUCGCCUUUUACCAGUUUAAUUGGAAGGCAUUGACAUUCGAAUAUCUUUCAUGCAAAUAAACUCUAAUGUUAUUGUUCAUAGUUUCUGAAUUUAAAUUUUGAAUGUAUUCUUCUAAACAAAGGUAAUCACGGGGGGAACUUUGAACAGGUUGAAGGUUUUUCUUUAGAAGUUGUAUUCGUUUGUCAUUAUGUUUAUGAGCGGGUUCGUGUUUUUUGGCACCUGUUUCACAUUUCUUGGCUUUCACAACGGACAAGUUUAUUCUCACUAAAAGUUUCUUCACUUCUUUCAGGGUAACUCAGAAACAUUGCUAUUGGUAUCUUUUUUCCCGUUAGCGUCUAUCUUUCGGAUGUGCCGAGUGACAUAGUUUUCAAAGUGCAUUCAGUGAGUUUAUUGGUGCAAAUGAUUUCAUGUCUUUGCGCCCCCCAGGAGAAACUUGUCGAAAAACUUUCGUUCACUUCUUUUGGGGAUGUUCAGUCCCAUUUGUCAUCUUGAAUGCCGUCAUCGCUACCACCACCACCACCAGCAGCAGCUGCAUGGUCAGUGUGCAACAUAACUCGUCCUCCUCCCAGAAGAGCGUUAGCAAAAAAAAUGUCACACAAACUUGACUCAGAACAAUCUGUGCGUUAGGGAAAUGCCUCGUUGAAUGGUUAUAUUUGGAGAUGCUAGAGGGCAUUUUGUUUUUCUUUCUAGAAAACGAAUCUUGUGAAUAAAUGGCACUAACGAGUUGUGACGAAGAUAGACAGACACAAAUAUUAUGUGCUUGCGUAACACCAAGAUCAUUAUAAAUUGAUUGCAGACUGAAUUUGCAGAAUCGACCAUUGCGACCGGAAUUCGCCACUACCCUAAUGAUAAUACCCUAGUUUUAAGUUAGUUUUAAUUUAAAAUAAGAAAAUGCCCUUGGCAUCUAAGAGCUUAAGCAGUGUGCCUUCA